AUGGGAGGCUGGCUGUCGUCGCUGCUGGGGAAGAAGGAGGUGCGCAUCCUCAUGGUCGGUCUCGAUGCGGCUGGUAAGACCACCAUCCUGUACAAGCUCAAGCUGGGCGAGGUCGUGACGACCAUUCCGACCAUCGGGUUCAACGUCGAGACGCUCGAGUACAAGAACCUGAAGUUCACCAUGUGGGAUGUCGGGGGCCAGGACAAGCUUCGCCCGCUGUGGCGCCACUAUUAUCAGAACACGAACGGCAUCAUCUUCGUGGUCGAUAGCAACGACCGCGACCGUAUGCGCGAUGCCAAAGCGGAGCUUGGGAGGAUGCUUGCCGAGGACGAGCUCCGCAACGCGACGCUGCUUGUAUUUGCGAACAAGCAGGAUCUGCCGAACGCGAUGAGCACAACGGAAGUGACGGAGAAGCUCGGCCUGCACGCCCUGCGCCAGCGCAACUGGUACAUUCAGGGCUGCUGCGGCACCACUGCUCAGGGCCUCUACGAGGGUCUCGACUGGCUCUCUGUCAACAUCAAGAAGAGCAUGAACUAA